AUGAAUAAAAAACCAAUAAAAUUGAAGAAAUUAAAAAUUAAGAUUAAUUCUAACAGUCACUAGGAUUUAUUUCAGCCCUAACCCUUCAGGAAUUAGUGCCACUCUCCAAACUAACGCCCUUUUUCGUCAACUUCACCUAAAAAAUGGUGUCAGACUGAAGGGGAGGCUCAUCCGUUCAGGUUUUGAUCCUUGACCAUAUUAAGGACUGCCUACUGUGAGCAGGGCUUGAUAAUUUGCUGACUCGCCCAGAAUCUCUUUCUUGGCCUUCCUUAGCCCUAUUGCAGACUAAAUAUUGACUCCCAAGAAGUAUGGAAGGAUUUUACACCUCGAUCUGUCAUCUGUAGGUCAAGAAAAAAAGUUUUAGCACUAAAAAACCCCCUGAGAACUAUCACCAAUUGGAUCCACCUUCCUCUAGCCAAUAUCAACUAACAGAACAUAAGAUCCUAACCCCGCUCGUCAUUAAAAUUGAAGAAGAUAUAAAUUUUCAAAAGUAAAUCAAUCACUUUUAGAAAUAGAAAAACUCCAUUCUGAAAAACAUUCCUCUAUACGGCAUACUUCCGCUAAAUAUUUUGAGGAGAAAGAUAUUGAGGAUUUCAAAAUAAACGAUAACCCUAUAUUAGAAAAAUUUAAGUUUGAAACUAGUCCGAACUCUUUGGCAAGUUCACCAAGAGGUUCAAUAAUAAUACCGAAACAUUUUGCACAAAAAACAGAAAUAAACAAAGAAUUGAUCGAGAAAUCAAAGAAAAGCAUUGAAUUUUUUAAUGCUGCAAAACAGAAAUUCGAAGUGGAAAGGGCUGUCAAUCUUUAUUAUCACUUACACUCUCCAAAGCACUUAUUUCCACAAGAAAACUCCCCCGAUGUCACCUCAGUUCGUUAUGAGACUGUCCAAAAGCAGCUCCGAGGCCUCCCAAGCAUUAAAAAAUACAAAUUAUAUUUAAAAGAAAAUCACUUGAGAUUUCCUUCAUUUUUACAAACAACAAACCGACCUAAGCUUCCUUAUUUGAAUAAUUAA